AAAAUAAAUCGAUUGUGUUUUGAAUUUAUCAUUUUUUUUCAACGAUAAUAAUGAAUACGAAUAUUCAUCAUCAACAACAAUCGUCAUCGACAAAUCGAUGGAUACGACAAUUGUUGGAACAAUGCGUUUCCAAUGAUAAAAAACAAUCAUCAUCACCAUCAUCAUCGAAUGUUGUUGAUCAUCAUCAAAUUUCAUCAAUCAAUAAUCGUGGUUGCAUAGUAUUGAAUCAACGUAUAAAUUAUCUGAUUUCAAUAUUAAUAUUUUUCAUCUUGAUUAAUAUAAUGCUUAUUGGAUGGAUUAUAAUAUCAUUGAAUUUACAUCAAAAUUCUCAGACAUUUAUUCGUACUACAACAACAAAAUCAAUAACAACAAAUAAUAAUCAGAAUGAUGAUCCGAAAUUACGUAUCAAAGGUAAUCUUUAUAGUGGUGGUGGUAAUAACAAUUGUACUCUUUAUACGAAUGAUAUAAAUCAUUAUAAAUCACAAAUGGCACAAUCCACCAAUAAUAAUCAACAUUUACGAUUACAAUUUCAAUCGAAUCCAACUGGCGAAAUGAAUCCAUCUGGUGAUGUACAAAUUAGAUCCAAUGAUGAUGGUAAUGGAAUGAAUGUAAAUAGUUUGCAUUUAUCAGCAAUUACUGGUAAUUUGGAAUUUAAAAUUAAUAAUCGUCUAGUGAUUGAAAGUGAAAAACCAAGUAGACGUUUAUUACAAAUUGAAAAUGACGGUCUUAUUAUUGAGGAUUCAUCUACAUCUAUGGCAUAUAUAAGACAACAACCAGGUGGUUUACGAUUAUCACAAAUGAUGACUGAUUCAAUUGUUGGCUGUGUAAAUCAAGAUUUACGGAUUGAAUCACGUACCGAGCAAUUAUCGAUUAAAUCAACAAAUUCAUCGAUUCAAAUGGAAUCCAAUAAUGGUCCAAUACAAAUAAAAUCUUAUGAUGAUUUAUGGUUCAAUACCGAACAAUUAUCAUUGAAUGGUCGUAAUAUUUUAUUUGCCAAUCUAAAUCGAAAUCACCACCAUCACAAUCAUCAUCGAGAACAACAACAUCAUAAUCGUCAUGGACAUAAUAAUCGUCAUAAUGAGAAUAAUGAUGAUCAUGGACCAAUAUUAGCCUAUCAGGUUUGUAUGUGUACAAAUGGACAAAUAUUUGCGGCUGAAGAAACGAUACCAUGUCAAGCUGAUCAUAAUAUUUGUGGUAGCCAUAAUGAAUGAAUGAAUGGAUCGAAUUUUU